AUGCCAUGCAAUGCUCCAUGCAUCACCGUCACCCCUCGGAUUUCCAAGUUGCCAGCAGAACAAAUCCCAUGGGAAGACGCAUGCAUCGGAUGCGUCUUGAUAGAUACAUGCAUACUUGACGUGGAUUUACGAAUCAUGCCCAAUCGCUUUCGGUCGCCCUCCAAUGACUUCUUGCUCCCUACUAACUCAGACCGGGCUUGCAGACCCACUCUUAACGAACCCAAUCUUGCUCUUAACCUCGAGAUUUGUGACUAUGUCAAUGCCAAGCAAGGCUCUACUCCACGAGAAGCGGCAAUUGCUGUUGUGAAGCUCAUCAGUCAAAAGGAUCCACAAACGUCCGAGUUGGCACUUGCUUUGCUUGAUAACUUGGUGAAAAAUUGCGGUUAUCCGUUCCAGCUUCAGAUCUCUCGCAAGGAAUUUUUGAACGAAUUGGUACGUCGGUUUCCAGAGCGUCCUCCGCUUCGGUAUACUCGAGUGCAACGAAUGAUCUUGGCACAAAUUGAAGAAUGGUACCAGACAAUUUGCUGCACCUCGAAAUAUAGAAGUGACUUUGGCUACAUCCGAGACAUGCACCGAUUGCUCGCCAACAAAGGGUAUGUGUUUCCAGAAUUGAACCUUGACGAUGCUGCAGUCUUGAAUCCAUCCGACAAUCUCAAGUCGUUGGAAGAGCUUCAAAAUGAGGAGUCGGUUGUCAAUAGCGCCAAACUCCAGGAGUUCAUUCGUCGGGGAAGACCCCAGGAUUUGCAGGAAGCAAAUAAACUUAUGAAAAUUAUGGCUGGGUUCAAGGAAGACAAUGUCGAAGCCAACAAGAAACAAGUGACGAAUGAUGUUGCCCGCUUGAAGCGCAAGACGGAAAUUUUGGCAGAAAUGAUGAAUACUAUGGAGGUCAAUGGAGGAAACAUCGACAGUUCUGACGAAACUCUUUCGGAUUUGUAUGGGUCGGUGAAAAGUUCGCAGCCAAUUGUCACCAAGAUUAUUGAAGAGGGUAAUGGUGACGAAGAAUAUGUCCAAGAACUUCUUCAAUUAAACGACGUUAUCAAUUCUUUGGUGAACAAAUUCCAGCUUUUGAAAGGCGGGAAAACCGACGAGGCAUCCAAGAUCAAGGUCUCUGGAGUGAGCACCGGGUCCAACGACCUCAAUUUGAUUGAUUUUGACGACGAUGCUCCUAUCAGCAACGACCAGACUGGAAAAGAUAACCAGGGGUACCAGGACCUCCUCAGCGACUUAUCCAACUUGGCAUUCACCGAUACUGGCAACUCUCAAAAUAUUUUUGGUACCGGGGGCUCCAUCACUUUGGGCAUGAAUUCGCAGCCAACUCCACCACUGCAACUGAACUCUAUCCAGCACCCCACCCCUGUUUCAAACUUCGAUUUGCUUUCGGAUUUGAACUCGCCUUCUCCCCAGCUCCAAUCCAAUACCAGCGCAAAAUUGGAUCCUUUCAAUUUUGACACUUCUUCAUUGUCGUUUGCCAAUUCGCAGUCGUCUCAAUUGAAGCAGUUGCAUGUCUCUCCUACUCUCAAAAGUGAGGUCCAGAUGGCCGUAAAUGGUACCACUCACUCGGGAAAAUUUCUCUUCAGCAAUCCCCAAGCGGCUGCAAUCACCAAUUUCAAGUUUCUCGUUGCGGUUCCAAAAUCUUGCAAGUUGACGUUGCAACCUCAAACCGGUGACGUUAUCUAUCCAUUUACAACCCACAGUGUUCUGCAAGAAUUCUCCAUCGAGAAUCCCAUGAGUAAGCAGUUAAGGGUGAAGUGGAAAGUGGAAUACAGAGUGAACAAUGAGCACAAGGAGGAAACCGGAGUGACGAUACUAGACUAG